GAGGGGCUUUGCCCCCACUUUGUGUGUGUGUAUAUGUGUGGGAUGAAGCUAGUGAGGGAGAAGGAUGCGGAGAUGCCAAACUACUCUGCUCCCCAGAGCCAGCCAGCCCAGAGCUUCAGGAGGCUGUGAGCAAAGGCAACUUGAAGCAUGUCCUCCCAAACCUGGAGCCUGCCACCACCUACUCCAUCCACUUGGCAUGCGUACUCAGCAGAGGGGACCAGCCAGGACUCUGCUCCCAUCCACACCUCCACCAUGGGUAGCACCCCUGCUGCCCUGGGCUUCUCUACCAAAGUGCUCAAUGCUACCUCCAUACAGGCCUCCUGGGAACUGCCAACCCAGCUGGAGCCCAUCCAAGGCUUCAAACUUUUUCACCGGAAGCUGCCAGCUGCCCAUUUUGAGGGGCCCCUACUGUUGGCUAGCAGUGUCAGCUCCUUCCUCUGCACAGACCCAGAGUCCAAGGCUGGCUGCUCUUGCAGCCAGGAUGAGAGCAGCUCAUUGCCUGGGGUUGUAGUGGGCGUCCAUGUGGGCCUGGCUGCCCUCAUCGUUUGCCUCCCUGCAUCUUCCUGAGCUGGCGAUAUAGGUGACUGUGGAACAGCUGCCCUUAGCCUAGAGCCCUCCCAAAGUUGGCUCCCUCCCAGACCCAUCAAAGAAUCUACCUCACCUGUUCCUGUCACCCUGGAACCAGUAAAGAACCAAAGGUGGCUCAGCCC